AUGAUCUUUCUUCGCCAUCACCUCCAUGAGGAAUUAAAAACAGAGUACCUCACGGUCAAGGAUACACUUAUACUGUGGGAAAAUUUAAAGCAAUGGUAUAAGUAUCAGAAAACUGUAAUCCUUCUAAAAGCUUGUUAUGACUGGAUCCACCGGCGAUUGCAGGAUUUUAAAAGUGUAAAUGAGUACAAUUCAGUCUUGUUUAAAAUCAGCUCACAAUUGAAAUUGUAUGGAGAAAAAAUUACUGAUGAUGAUAUGUUGGAAAAAACAUACUCCACAUUUCAUGCUUCAAAUGUGCUCCUACAGCAGCAAUAUAGAGAGCGAAGAUUUACAAAAUAUUCUAAGCUGAUUUCUUAUCUAUUGUUGGCUGAACAGAAUAAUGAGCUUUUGAUGAAAAACCACCAAUCCCGUCCAACUGGAUCUGUACCAUUCCCAGAAGUGAAUGUGUCCUCAUUUCACGGCCAUGGACGCGGACGUGGACGCGCAUGUAGUGGUGGUCGUGGAUAUGGUCGCAAUAGAAAUAAUUAUCAUAAUCAUAAUGGUCAUAAUUCCUCCUUGAUUCCCAGAAGGAACUCCACACCGUCCCACCAGAAGUGGAAUUCAAAUGCGACCAAGCAGGCAAAAGGAAAAACCUUGCAGAAUAAACCUCCUGAGAUAUAUGAUGACAAGCCUUGCUAUAGGUGUGGAAUGAAAGUUGAUAUUACUCACCUUGAUGUUUCUGACUUCUUUGCUGAUACUAGUGGUAGUAUUGAUCAUUUGAUUGGUGAUGGAAAUGUCCAUACCAGUUAA